UUUCUAUCUCUCUUUCUCUACCUCCCUUUUUACCCAGAACCAUCCCGUCCACAUAAAAUCAGAGUGAAGAAACCCGUGGCUGAAGGGUAUUUCUCCAUCUCUUUGCUUUUCGCAGAGCCCCAGGUGGCUGUUUAUUUCCCUUGGACAACCGUAAUCCCUUUGGUGCUGUCCUUAAGGAGCAUCUGUUAUCACUCCUGUGUUGGACAGGGAGGGGAACAGUUUGAAUACAAAAGUCGAACCCAUCCCCUGCUCUUUGGAGGUGAAAGUCACUGCGUGUAAUUGCCUGGUUUUGCAGAACGGAGGUGGAUUUUCCCUGGAAUCUGCGUGAACUGAAGGGUUAAUGGUUUCUGGAUGUUGAACGUAACGCUGAUCUGUUGGAGUUCAUUAAUUUAUAGGGAUAAACUCAUUAGUAGAAACCUUUCCUUGUUCCUCGGUGACAACUUCUUUCAAGGCCACGACAUUAAUGGAGCUCUGGAGCCAUCUAACAUCGACACCAGCAUCCUGGAAGAGUACAUCAGCAAGGAGGACUCGCCAGAUAUCUGUUUCCCUGACAUCUCUGCUUCAGCUGGCUGCGCGCACCCCCAGCCCUCCAGCUCAGCCACCGUCAGCGCGCCUCUUCCCAGUUCCGUCGGCAGUGCUGGGCAUGUGAACAACCCUGCUUCCAGCGGUGCCCUCCACCUUCCUCCCCCGGGCAGCCAGAUCCCGAUCCGUCAUGGUCCUCUUCUGGCCAACCCUUGCGGACCCAGCUAUGGUGCUCACCUCAACUGCAAUAACAACAAUGGCAUGGCGGUGCCCAAGGGCUACCUUGGUGGCCACUGCCUAAACAACAUGGUCCCUCCAAUCAAAUCGGAGCCCAAGGCCUCCUACGCACCUGGCACUUUACCUGACUCUCCCCCUGACUCUGGAUCAGAAGCCUACUCCCCUCAGCAGGUGACCGAUCCUCACCUCCUUCGGACCAUGACCCCCGAGAACAUGUGCCAUGUAAUUCCCCCAUCCCGCCUGGAGCACCCCCCGCCGCCGCCGCCUCCUCCUCCUCCUCCCCCCCACCUGCAGGCCGUGCCCCCUCCUUCCCACCAGCACUUCCCUGGCCUGCAGCGGGACCUGUACAUGAAGGCUGAGCCCCUGAUGCCUCCCUACGGCAUGGGACAGGGCAUGGCGCCGGCCGACCUCCACCACGCUCAGCAGUCGCAGAUGCUGCACCAGCUUCUCCAGCAGCACGGAGCAGACCUCCCGGUGCACCCUGCCAAGAAAAGGAAGCACUCCGAGUCACCCCCCAACACCCUCAGCGCGCAGAUGCUCAACGGGCUGAUAAAGCAGGAGCCGGGCAUGGGGUCUGUGCCACUCAACCCCGACAGAGUUCCCACUCCUCCUUGGCACCAGCCAGGACCUCUCUCUCCAGGCCUGAUUCAGGAUAACGACAGCUUGAAUGGCUCCUACCUAGACCCCAACUACCAGUCUAUAAAGUGGCAGCCGCAUCAGCAGAACAAGUGGGCAACUCUCUACGACGCCAACUAUAAAGAACUCCCCAUGCUCACGUACCGCGUGGACGCCGACAAAGGCUUCAACUUCUCCGUGGGCGACGACGCCUUCGUGUGCCAGAAGAAGAAUCACUUCCAGGUCACGGUCUACAUCGGCAUGCUUGGAGAUCCCAAGUAUGUGAAGACCCCCGAGGGCCUGAAACCCUUAGAGUGCUUCUACCUGAAGCUGCACGGAGUGAAGCUAGAGGCCUUGAACCAGUCCAUCAACAUCGAGCAGUCGCAGUCCGACCGCAGCAAGCGGCCCUUCAACCCCGUCACGGUCAACCUGCCUCCGGAGCAGGUCACCAAGGUCACCGUGGGGCGGCUGCACUUCAGCGAGACCACGGCCAACAACAUGAGGAAGAAAGGAAAACCCAACCCAGACCAGAGGUAUUUCAUGCUCGUGGUAGCCCUGCAAGCACAUGCUCAGAACCAGAACUACACGCUGGCAGCCCACAUCUCUGAGCGCAUCAUCGUCCGAGCCUCCAACCCUGGCCAGUUUGAGAGCGACAGUGACGUGCUCUGGCAGCGGGCGCAGCUCCCUGAUACCGUGUUUCACCAUGGCCGGGUGGGCAUCAACACGGACCGCCCCGAUGAAGCCCUCGUGGUCCACGGCAACGUGAAGGUGAUGGGAUCCUUGAUGCACCCGUCGGACGUCCGAGUGAAGGAGGACAUCCAGGAGGUGGACACCACAGAGCAGCUGAAGAGGAUCUCGCGGAUGAGGCUGGUGCACUACAACUACACGCCUGAGUUUGCGGCUACGGCGGGCAUUGACAGCACCUCCGAGACAGGUGUCAUUGCUCAGGAGGUAAAGGAGAUCCUCCCUGAAGCUGUGAAGGACACCGGGGACCUGGUCUUUUCCAAUGGGAAGACCCUGGAGAACUUCUUGGUGGUGAACAAGGAGCGCAUCUUCAUGGAGAACGUGGGAGCCGUGAAGGAGCUGUGCAAGCUGACGGACAACCUGGAGACGCGCAUCGACGAGCUGGAGAGAUGGAGCCACAAGUUGGCCAAGCUCAAACGCCUCGACAGCAUGAAGUCGACCGUGAGCUCCGGGGCGUUCAGCCAAACGGGAAGCCAGUUCAGCCGUGCGGGAAGCGUGCCUCACAAAAAGAGGCCCCACAAGAUAGCCAGCAAGACGCCGUCGGUCGUCCCGGAGCAGGCCUGCAUCAGUCAGCGCUUCCUGCAAGGCACCAUCAUUGCCUUGGUGAUCAUCAUGGCCUUCAGUGUGGUGUCCAUGUCCACGCUCUACGUGCUGAGCUUGCGCGGCGAGGAGGACCUCGUGGAUAUCGAAGGGUCCAGCCAGAACAUCGACAAAACGCAGCUGGUGCGAUCCACAGCCGCGUCGGACAGGGCCAGCAGCAGGACCCCGACGCACCACGGCACGGCGAACGCGCUCAGCGUACUCGACGCUCUGCCUGGUCACAGCGUGCUGGCGUGCUUCAACCCACCGUGUUUCUCCACCUGCUGCUCUGCCGCUCCCACCAAUGUUUCCUCCGUUGCCCUCUCUGAGGCCAGCCCUACCCGUGCCACCAAUCAGACAGACCAAAGUCAGACCUCACUCCAGCCGGUGACAAAUAUCAAAGCCAAAUCCAGGGGCAUCACCAGGAAGGCAUCCUCCUACACCAAGUGGCCAAAGACGCCUGACAGGUCUCAGAGCUUCGGCAGCCCCAAUGCCAGCCCCUCCUCCCCCUUCACCCACCUGCAGGGCAAAUCCAAGUACAUCUCCAACCUCUCGCUCUCCCGCAGCAACUCCCCACUGGGGCAGGCCCGGCCACAGCGCAGCAUCAGGCAGCCGGUGAGCGAGUGGCCCCACGCGCAGGACCCCAGCCCGGAUGGGCCAAGCCCAGUGCUGCGUUCCAUCCGGAUCCUGGAGAUUGAUAUGGCCAUCCAGUCCCAGUUCUGUGCGGCCGGCAACGCGUGCAGGACUGGAAACUUCACCUACCGCAUCCCCGUCAGCCAGCUGACAGCGGUGAACACCAACCUGACCCUGGAGAUGAACUCCUCCUCGGUGCUGUCCAUCUCCCUUUGCGGCCUCGCCUCCAGCGACCCUUGCCAGGAUGCUGCGAGCACAGACGGCUUCAGUGAGGGCACGGACACGCAGGAAACGACGCACCGCUGGCCUCUGCUGAUGAUGUCUUUCAGGGAGUUCACCUACCACUUCAGAGUGGCACAGACUGGCCGGGCCAACUGCAGCACUGCUCCCGAACAGAUGGGACACCUUUUUACUGACUAUUAUUUUCAGUUUUACUGGCUCUGUGAGUGAGUCCUGGCAGCACCAGCGCCCUUUGGUUGGAGAGAGGAGAGGGACCGGUGACACUGGGGAACCUCCUGGACACCUUCCACCGCUGACCCCCCGCCCCACCUUAGCCCCAUCGCCCUCCUCGGGGGUGGAGAUGGUUUGGUUGUGGCUGGCAGCGCCGACACCGAAGUACAGCACGCGCAGAACACAGGACCUGAGCCCCAGAAACACAACCAGCCCCGCGCCAUCUCCCGGGCUCAGCUAGCACCAACCACCCUACCCUGCCCCAAAUACCUCUCCUUCCCUUCUGGGGACGCCUGUGUCCCCCACCCCCUGCGACACUGGAUUUUGAAAGCAUUACACUGGACGGAACGUGGACGGAUCUGCCGCAUUCCGGAGCAUGGGACGGGCCCAGCUGUGCCACGUCGGUUCUCCACAACACUGGAAUUGCUCAACACUGGAGCCCUUUCCAAGAGGGAAAAGCUGGAGUUUCUCCUGGAAAGGACAGGCUGUGCCUGGACGUACUGGAAGUCGUACACUGGAGUUGCUGUUCCUUCUAGCUGGACCUGCAGCCCCACUGGACCCCUGGAGACCCCAGGACCCCUGUUCUCUACAGAAGGUGCAGCUUCCACACAGCCCCCCCCUCCUCACUGUGCUGUCACCGUAUCCAGGUCAGGUUGGAUCAACUCAAGAACCCCACUGGAGAUGCUGCUCAGGCUGUGCCCAGGCCAAACCACACGCGGGGACGCUUAACCGUCAGCCCAUGGGAGAAGAACUACCCCAAGCCACCUGUGUUAAGUGUCACUUCAACGCUGUGGGACCCGUUUUCUUCAUUUGCCAGCUGCCCAGUUGGCCGUCGAGUCGGCACAGACACGCUGGAGAAAAAGAGGACUGGCCAAGCCCGGUGCGCCCUGCAGAGCAAGGCUGGGCUGCUGGGGAUGUGCGGCAUGGUUUCACUGCACCACCAGCAUAACGGGGGAAGCGGCGGUGACGUGGAGUGUACUUUGGGUGUUUUACUGUUACAAGUUCUUAACUUGCUAAACUACUGAAUUAUGACGAUUUUUUUUUUUUUUAAUAAGCGAGCCGCAUAAAAAUGGGUCUCUCCAUUGUGUCCCUGUUGAGCUCUGUGCAUCUUGCAUAGGGGCCACUGCUGAGCUCCGUGUUCAAGCCUGAGUGCUGCACCAGCGCUGCGAUGCCAGCUCCCAGUGCUCCCACGUCCUCCUCCCCGUCCUGCUCCGGCUCAAGGAGAGCUCUGCCCUCCUGGAGGCUGAACCACCAGAAAACAGACUCAUUUUCCUGGACGCACGCGACUUGAACCAAUCUGGUUUUGGGAAACGGCAUCAGGAUCCGGCUGCUGUGCUUUGUCGUGUCAGUGGAGACGGAUGCAGCGAUCCUUGUGCCAGUUUGCAGGCCACGUUGUUUACGGGGCAGCAGCAGCUCUCUGCCACCGCCAGCCAGCAGGCUCUGCUGCUCCGGAGGAACGAGCUGCCAAGAUGUUUUACCUGAUAGAUGGCUCCUACGUGCAGCCCUUCUGUUCCAGAGCUCCCUUCUGAGGCUGUCCCAGCAGAGCAGCCACAGCCUUGCAAUUCCUCGCAGCAUCGCUGGGAGUUUACCCGGCUGCCUCCCCAGGACCUUGCCCUUCCCUUUAUUGGCAGGGCAGUUCCGAGGUCGGGUCUUUAUUCCAAUGCCUGCGGGCAGCAUUGAACGGUGUGGGUGACGCUCUCCAGUGAGCACGAUGCACUGAAGCCUGGGCAGCCAGGAAACCAGAGGGUGAGCAGGGAAUGCCCGGCAGCCAGAUGGGAACGAAGUUCAGGGAGAGCUUUGGGGAGCUGAGAGGAGAGCAAGAGGCUCGGGAGUAGCGACGCACAAACAGGUCAGCUCCGUGCUCAGCAGGAUUUUCUGCUUCUGGAAGGAAACCCUUCGGUGGAGCUCUCCAGAGAGGAUGCUCAGCACUCUUCUUUCCACCUGCCCUAAGCGUUUUGCUCAGCCUUACGCUGAAGAAGUUGCUUUCUCGGCAGCUUUAACUCUCCACUUGGCAAUCAGUGGCCCAGCCAAUCCUCAGCCAGGCGAGCGAUGCCCGGCUCCGCUCAGCUGAGGGGUGGCCUUCUCCGAUCCCGCUGCCGUCUCUCCUCCCUGCCCGUGCUCUUUCAGCCCCCAUCGAGGCUCCAGGCAGCGCCGCGAGGGCUGGAGCUGACGGUGCUGCCUGCAAUCACCACCACGGAUCCAGCCUCGCGUGGGAGGGCAGAAAGCAAUCAGCCCCAGGACACGUGCCAGCAGCAGCAGCAGCAGCCCAAGAAGAGAUGGGGGGGGGGCUCUCAGGUGUCCCCGCGACGCUCGGCCACGGGGUUACGAGGGCCUCAGCAAACCAAGUGCCUGAUGGCUACGGGAACGUCCCCAGUGCCUUGUUCCACCACCAGGGUUCCCUACGCCUGCGUUCAACGCUGUGUGCCUCGAAACCAGCGGUCCCUUAGCUUAAGAAAUUAGACGAGGCGAUACCUGAAGUGCAACAGGUGGUCCCGCCCCUCGUGCACAGCUGUGUUCCCCAUCCCCAAUCAGUAACCAGAAGAGUUAACAAUCAGGCCUUUACCUGCGUGAGACGGAGGGAGCUCUGAGCCCACGUCUCCAGCCCUGCAGCUCGGGGAAACCCUUCUUCAGCUGGAAACGAGAGCUUCAUCUCUCUAGACAUUCUUGGCAGGAAGGAAGACGAGCGUGGAAACGAGGCCGCUUGCCAAAGUUUGGCUGUUUCGGAGUUUGUUUCAAAAGCAAAUUCACAAACAUCCUGCCCUCCUGGGAAGAGCUUAAAGCCUGUAAAUAGAGACUGAACCACCGCCGCCGCGAGAAUUAAGAAAACAAGUAAAGCACUAAUUUGUUUGGUUUAAAUGUUGCUGUCACAGCUUUAAUCACUGUAUAUUGCCAGCGAGUUCGUAGCGUCGCCUUCUUAGCAGGUCUUAUUGAUGGUAGGUUUUUAUGUGGGGGGAACGAGCGUGGUUUCCCUUCCUUUCUUUCUGAUUUAUAUUUAUAUUUUGCUAAAUGGGAGGGCCGAGUCUCCGGCUUCCCCACUUUUACGUUCGGCUUAUUUAGACUUUGUUUUGUGCUGGAGGUAAAUAUGCCUAUAUAAAUAAAAUAUAUGAAUAUUGCUUUGUAUCCAA